CCCCAACGCUCAGUUCCCCCUUGAAAUGAGCGCAUCGCUUUUCGUUCGGCCGCCACAUGAUCGGAGGCCGAAGGGCGACCGGCGACCGCACCAGCCCCAAAAAUGUCCGACGAUCAGCUGAUCGUCUACCAUGUUGACCGGAUGGAUGAGGAACGGCGGCCGCCGUCUGAUCGUCGCACGAGACAACGUGAACUACAAGGUGUGCUAAGCAUGCAGGUAGGAGUCGACCUGUCGAGACGCACCAAUGAAAUCAAACUUGGAAUAGCCAAUGGCGAAUGGGCAAUCAUGUUUAUUACCACGAGCUACACAUCCAAGUUCCUCGAGUCUGGCCUCAGCUGGGGGUGUGUAUGUGCAUAAAAACGGGAGCUGUUUUUUUUUCAAAUUCUUGCGUGGUAUGUUACUGAAUCACCUUUUACUAUUCAAACCAUUAUUUUUUUAGAGUGACUAUUGUACCGAGUCGUGUUUGUUUUCCUUGUUGUUGUUGUUGUUUGUUGUUGUUGAACUUGUCGAUGUGACUUGUAAUAAACGUGACUGACUAUUAUCGCCGGUGUGCUUGAUGGGAAACGUAAACAAACUGGUAUUUGGUCUGAGAUGGAUCGGUUUGAGCGCCGUGAACAAUCUGGUCGCAGGAAACAAGCCAAACCUCAGAGAACAGUACCGCCAAUCCCCAACGAUGCCAAAGAGGAAGACUUCAGCCCCGCAUCGGACUACUUCAUAAAAUGCCCCCAGUGCCAAAAGGGCUACCAAACGUUCCAGGCCCUCAAGGAGCACAUGAAAUCGGCACAUUCGGAAACGGCAACGGAAAACGGUGCGAUACCGGGCGCCGUGUCCCCCACGCCCUCCCUAUCCGGCACCGGCGGACCUUUCGCCUGUUCCCAGUGCACCAGCUCCUUCCCUUCAAAGGACCAACUCGAGAAACACGAACUGCUUCACUCGCCCAACGCGCAAGUUUCUUGUAAGAUCUGCCACAAAACGUUCGCCAACGUUUACAGACUGCAGAGGCACAUGAUUAGUCAUGAUGAAAGCGCGGUCCUCAGGAAAUUUAAAUGCACGGAAUGUGAUAAAGCAUUUAAAUUUAAACAUCACUUAAAGGAACACAUAAGAAUACACAGCGGUGAAAAACCGUUCGAGUGCGGCAACUGCGGAAAACGCUUCUCACAUUCCGGCUCGUACUCCAGUCAUAUGACUUCGAAGAAAUGUCUGGUCAUGAACCUGAAGCUGGGCAGGACCCGCGCCCCUUCCACAAACUCCUUAAUGGACAAAAGCCAAAGGAUACCUAAGAGACCGAGCAUGAGUUCGAUCAACAACAACAUACAGAGCAGUCCGAACCACAAUUCGUACAUGCCCAUCCUUCCUAAGUUUUCCGAAGCUGCGGCCGCGGCUUAUCUUCAGAGUUCCCUGGCGGCGAAUCCCAACAUUCCCCCGUUCUAUUUGACGCCGCCCAGUUUGCUAGCAGGGCGUCAAGGAGUCAACCCUUAUUCGCUACCGCAGGUCGGACAUUUGCUAGAAUUGUUGCAGUACCAGCAGGGCGCAUCGCCGCUUCAGCCCGCUUCUUCGGAGAACAACGAAUCUGAAAAGCCUCCUAGUGAUGGCAAGAGCAACGAAGAUCGAUUUGAAGAUGGCGAAAAUGUCCCGAAAUCGAGUUCGUCGAGUUGUGGUGAGUUGGUUAUGGAUGAGGACGUUGAAAACGACAGACUCAGUCCAGUCAAAUCCGAACCUAACCAGCAAGAAAACGGAAACGGCGACUUAGAAGCGGUGAAGAGAAUCCUGGAAACGGUUAAUGCUACUGUAACCAAGGAACUGUUACAAGAAAACAUGCAGAAAGUCAAAUCAGAGAAUUCGAGUGAUAGUCACAGUGUCGAGUCACCUAAUUCGCCAAAACAGGAACCAUUGAGCUGCUCCACCUGCAAAAAAGUCUUUGACAGCUCGUCGGAACUGGAGGAACACGAAUGUGAGGACGUUAGAAGUGAGGGUCUCGCUGCUAAACUGGAAGACGCUUUGACCACAAAAUCUGACGAUGUUCAAGAAAGUGGGAGUGGUGCAGAAGACCAGGACUAUGACAGAAUGCAGUAUAACACCAACGACGAAAUGGACAGUGAAUCGAUCACGACGACCGAUCACGUUUCUGAGGAUGGUAGAAAGGUGCGAGUUAGAUCGCUAAUCUCUGACGAACAGUUGAAGGUACUCAAAGACAACUACAAGCUGAACCCGAGACCGAAGCGAGAGGACUUGGAAAAAAUUGCCAACACUAUCGGCUUUCCCGUGAGAGUUGUCCAAGUUUGGUUCCAAAACACCAGAGCUAGAGAUCGACGCGAGGGACGUAUGAUUCAAGUACCGUAUAGUCCCGCUCCUUCAAUAGGACAGCGUUACCCCCAGAACAUGAUUUCCCCCCAGCCCGUCGCCAGGAUGGCUCCCAUGUCCAUGUCCCCCAACCAGUAUAUUUCCGAGCAACCUCUGGAUUUAUCUACGAAAAGAGAUUCGGUCUCUAACGAGUCGUCGCCGAUCAGUUCGCCCAGACGACCCACGUCAGUACACCACCAUUUAGAAGGUAACAACGAGGUGGUAAACUUAAGCAGAAAAUCACCCAGAAGUCCGAAUCCUUAUCAAGCCUACCAAAACCAUUACCAAAAUUCAAACUCCUCUGAACCGAGACAAAGUCCUUCACCGUUGGACUUCAACAGCAGUCGCUUGGCUCACCUUCUAGCCCAACCAGUCAACAAGUACGGAUUGCCCGGCAUGGGCUUAGUACCGGUCGAUCAACUAAUGCAGUUCAGUACCGAUUUCUCCAGCCUGUCGCAGUUGCUGACGAAUCGGAUCUCGAGUCUAAGUCCAGGUUCAGAGAAACGAUCGUGGAACGAGAGCAUGCAAAGCGAGUCGGUCCACGAGGAGGACUUGUCAGUCAACAAACGUAACAAGGUAUCCCAAUUCGUCCUCAAGAGCUUAGGCAGCCCAGUACUUGGCAACCAGGAAACUGAAGUUGAAGGUCAAUUUAGCUGUGAUCAAUGUGAUAAAGCCUUCUCUAAGCAGAGCUCCCUGGCCCGCCACAAAUACGAACACUCAGGACAACGUCCGCACAAAUGCGACGAGUGCCCGAAAGCGUUCAAACACAAGCACCACUUGACGGAGCACAAACGCCUUCACAGUGGUGAAAAGCCAUUUCAAUGUUCCAAAUGCCUGAAAAGGUUCUCGCACUCGGGUUCCUACAGUCAACACAUGAACCAUAGGUAUUCCUAUUGUAAGCCAUACAGAGAGUAAGUGAGAUAAAUAGUUGAGUCUUGCCAGUAAAGAAAUACGUUUGUAAAUAGGGUUUAAAGAUUAUAUAUAUAGAAAUAUUUAUGAGAUGUAACCGAAUAAUUUUAUAUUGAAUGUUCAAAUUUUAUUUUAUUAAAAUGAAAAAGACGAAAUUGUAUACAUGACUUUUAGCGCUAAUUUUUAUUAAAUGGGUAUUACUCCGCAUCUAGCAAAAAACUGUAAGACAAUAUUUCAAAACUUGCCAGUCUUAGAGUUUAUUAUAUUAUUACUAAAUUGUGCCAAAUUUUGUUGACCUUAUUUUUAUACAUUUUUUUAUGUUUUGUUGGAUAUUUUUUUAUUUAGUUUAGAUUUGUAUAUAAAUUGUCUGGUACCUGUACAAAAAUACUCACUAGUAUACAUUCGACAGUGCCAGAAAUAAAUCAAUUGUCUUCCACCACUUUCACCCAAAUGAGGUGGUGUUCAAGCAGGCAAGGGGCACCUAGGCAAUGUUUUUCAAAAAAAAUUAUGUAGUCGUGUUUCGUGCAAUCGAAUUGUAUUCAUAGUGAUGCAACCGCAAUGUUUUACUUUCAAACAAAUCAAAGAGUUCAUUACCACAUUGUAUUAAGUCAGUUUGCUCAGUAUGUUACCAUUACUUAGUCAGACACAUGCAUUGAUUGUGAUUGGAAGAUUUUUAAGAUAUUAUUUUUUUAUUAAUUGCAACGUGUAGAUAAUGUAAAAUAAGUGAUUAUUGCUUUUUAAGUGCCAUAAACCAACGAAGUGUAUAAAUAGCCCAAUGUGUGAUUUAGAUUAUUUGGUUUCGAUACAUCGAGCAAUGUAGAUAGUUGGAUGCGUGAAAAAUCUAUGCCAAAAAAAACAAAUUGUUUUUGAAUCGUUCCGGUAGUUUUAAUGUGCAAUAUUUUAAGAUUAAAGGAAGAAUAUUUAGAGAUAAGUUCGAGUUCGUGGUUGGACAUGGAUUUUUCGGCACGUCUGCCUUUGUUGAUUUGACGAAAAGUACAAUAAAAGGCGAGCUACAAGCCAUAUUGCAUUUCGAGGUGUUACAUGACAAUACGUAGAUCUGAUAGAUUCAACAAUACAAUGAACAAAUGGUGCAAGUCCUUACUCACUAAUUUUUAUAAGCAUUUAAUUACUAAGUGAAAAAAAGCCAUUGGUGAUUGUGUUAACCGUUUAAUUAAGAUGUUUAAAAUGUAAUUCAAUGAAUAUAUUGGUUCGUUGGGCGCCGAUUUCGUCGAUUCUUUGUAUGACAGUUUAAUGAGAAAAAAGAUGGCGAAAUUGGCGUUAAACGGAUUUGUUUAUAAAUCAUUCCAAAAUUAUGUACCUAACCGUUUAUUUCCAGUGUGCGAGUUUAAUAUAUAAGAAUAUUUUGACAAUAAUGUAGUCAUUUGAUAUAAACUUAUUUACUUAGUACUGCUAAUGUUAAAAAAAUGAUGACGUAGCAUUUAUUAUAUAGAAAUCUCAAGGUAUGUGAGAAUAAAAUUCAAAUAUUAAAUAUAUUAUAUAUACAAUUUAUAAUAUUAAUGCAUAUAAAUUUUAAUAAUUACUUAAGAUAAUAUUCUAUGACUUCUGUGUAUAGUUAUUCUGUAAAUAUUGAAUGUUUACUUACAUAUUCCUUCUUCUCGUCUGAAUAGUUGAUUUCGUUUCAGACUUGCAUGAAUGUUUCUCUAUAGGAAUAACAGAUUUGGACAUAAGUUUAAUGUAUUUUUAUUUUUAUAUUUGUAAAUAUGUUUUUUACAUCAGCAUCACUCUGUUGAAUGAUUUUUUGUUAUGUAUUUUAUCAUGGCUAGUAUAACCAAAGACUCUGUAAUAUAUUUAGCCAUAGCCUUUUAUGUUUCUUAAUUAUUUUAUAUUAUUAACAAUAUUCUUGUAUUUUUUAUACAUAGUUGGUUGUAAAAAUAAAAUGCUGAUUUAUAAAGGACGUCUGUAAAUUCUAUUAUGAAAGUUGGAAAAUGUAUUUUACUCAAUGCAAAUAAAAUAAAAAAAAUGACAACUG